AUGAUACUUAAUGGUCGAAUCAUGGAGCUGGCCCAGUUUACAACACGCUCCAGCAGCACUAAUGUCAAAAUUUUGAUAUUCAAUCCUUUCAAUAUGCUUCAAAGAUCACUUUUAAAGGUGCAUCUCAAUGGAGUAAUUAAGGUGAGAGCAUUUCCUGUGGGAUGGUUGAGGGCCACAUACAGAUUCAAUUCUUCAGCAAUCAACAUAAAUCCAUCAUCGCAUACCUCUACAUCUGUUUCUCUGAAAGACACACAACCUAACGAUGAUAUACAAGUGAGAUCGACAGAAUACUAUAUGAAUGAAUACAAAACGUACUUCCCUCGUGAUUCAGCUACUGGGUCUUUAAUCGAUAAUUACUCGAGUUUAAAAAACUCAGGCAAUGGUGUAAUCAAGAUUGGGAUAAUAUAUGAGGAUGAAACGGCGGCCACGAAGUCUAAAAUUAUCGAGGAUAUUUUGGCGGACCCUUUGUCAAGUAAAAAUCAAUCAAUAUUAGAAGUGUUGAAGUCAAGGACUCGCAAAUACAAUAAUAAGUUCGUUUAUUCGAGUGAUGUAUCAGUUGAAGAUGGUAAUGAUGUAUCUACUUUCCAAAUUCCAUCCCCUUUGUUAAGCUCGUAUUUUUGGCCCAAAUACAUGAUCCCAUCGAACUGUGAUAUGGCCAGAAAUUUUGAAUUGUGGGAAAUAAACGAUUUAUCUAAUGCUAACGAGUGUCAUUUUUUUAUUAAAGUGGUCAGUAGUGUUACAAGUAUUCGAGCAAGCGAUACGUUUGAUACAGUUAGGUUUUAUGUCAUUGACAAUACCGAAUACACGUCUGCUUCUGAUGAAGAUAUGAAUAUCUCAACAGAUUUACAACCCCAAGAACGUGUCAUUAAAAUAGAUUCACAAAAGUUGUUCGAAGGCAUAAGUAUGCUUAUGAAGUAUGACACCAAAGCUGCCUCCAAGUAUCUUGAUUCUUUGAAAGGAAGUAACAUAUUUGAAUUAUUGAAAACUAUUGGCUUAUUUCUGGUUGACACAAAUAUAGAAAAACUUCUUUUGAAUGGAAUAAUAUUCAACAUUAAAGAAUCAAUGGUUGGUCCUAAUUCUCUCAGUGAAACGUAUGAUGAAAUAAGAGAAAAUGGUAUAAUAGAGUUUAGUAGCUCUAUUCAUUCAGAGUUGCAAAAUUCAUUCAUACCAAAAACGAAUCAUUUUUUUAGAUCGAAGUUGAGCUGGUGGAAACUUUAUAUAAAAAAUGAUAAUGUUGAAUACGAUUUGAAAGAUUUCUUUAGUUCGAACUUCAUGAAUGAGAGCAUUGAAAAAUACAAUUACUACCGUGGCCAAGUUGUCUCUCGACUCCAGCAGCAAAAAUAUGCAAAUUACGCAUUAGAACGAGAAUUCUACAAUCCCCUUAUAAACUUGAAAAAAAAUGUUAUUAAUGUCAAGGUACCUAAUGAAGUGCAGUCCACGGUGUAUACGACUUUGACAAAAGGAUUCUUUUACUACCAGAUGCCUAUAUCUGUUUUAUCAUAUCUCUCGUAUUUCUAUUUUCAUUUCUCUCCCAAUAGUGCAGUUGCUUUGGGGUUGUUUGGUUGGAUCCUUGGGUUUAACUAUGUGUCUAAGUCAUGGACCAAAUUUACGAAAAAAUGGCUAAAGGAAUUAUUUGAAGAAAUCAGGGUAUGCUUGAGCUCACAAUGCAUAGAUAAGGGAGUAUUGAAAGAAUUGAAUAAGAAAUAUGACCAAGAAGCUGAACUCUUGAGCUUAAAACAAAGCAUAUUACGGGGGAUAAUGAAAUCGCAAUAA